AAUUUAAGGUCCUUCCAUACCCCCUCCUUCCCCUCUCUCAUUUCUCCCUUCAUUUCUCCUCUUCUCUAGCAAUCUUACACCUCGCCCUCAUAUCGUCACCAUGACCAAAUCCGAUAGCGAAACCGUCACCUUAGCGGACUAUCUCUUCACCCGACUACAGCAGCUCGGGGUCAAGUCCAUCUUCGGCGUCCCCGGCGACUACAACCUGCGCUUGCUGGACUAUGUCGAACCCUCGGGGCUACACUGGGUAGGAACUUGCAAUGAGCUCAACGCCGCCUAUGCAGCCGAUGGAUACGCGCGUUUGGCCGGCUUGUCCGCCAUGAUCACCACUUUUGGAGUCGGAGAGUUGUCCGCCAUCAAUGGGAUUGCCGGCGCAUACGCAGAAAGAGCGCCUGUAGUCCACAUUGUGGGUACACCUCCUCGGCCAUCCCAGGAGUCUCGCGCCCUGGUACAUCACACCUUUGCCGACGGCGAGUACCGCCGCUUUGCCGCCAUGCACGCCCACGUCACUAUUGCCCAGACCAAUCUCAAUGAUCCUCGCACCGUGCCCGAGCAGAUUGACACGGUGCUGCAGCAAGCUCUGAUCCACAACCGUCCCGUUUACAUCGAGAUCCCGGACGACAUGCCCGGCGUACUGGUGUCGGCCGCCAAUCUUACCACCAACAUCCAGCGUCCGGCUGCCCCGACCACUGCGCAAGAGAGUACCGUCCUCACCCGCAUCGCCGACCGUGUUUACACGGCCAAACAGCCUCUGAUUCUUGUCGACGGCGAGAGUCGUGCCAUUGGCAUCCUGGAUGAAAUCAACAAUCUCGUGCGCCAGACCUCCUGGCCAACCUUCACGACCGUCUCCGGCAAAGGCCUAGUGGACGAACACCAACCAAACGUCUACGGCAACUACGCCGGCCGCCUGGGCGACCCCAAGCACAAGACCUACUUCGACCAGGCGGACCUGAUCCUCGAGUUUGGGCUGCACGCAACCGACACCAACACAUUAGGCUUCCAGACCCUCCCCAACCCCGCCACCUCCAUCACCUUCACCGACAAGGCCGUGCGCAUUGGCGACGACACCUACCGCGACCUGUCGCCCGCCUUCGUCACGCGCCUAGUGCAGAGCCUCGACUUCGGUCGCAUCUCGAAGCCCACCAAUCCGCCCCAGAAGACCGUGAUCCCCACCGAAUCCCUCCCGCCGACCGGCCGCAUCACCCAGAAACACUUCUACCGGCGUGUCAACUCCCUCCUCCGCCCAGGCGACGUCGUCCUCACGGAGACCGGGACCGCCAGCUACGGCGGCCGGGACUUCACCCUGCCGACGGGCACGCGACUGUUCGGCGCCAUCACCUGGCUGUCGAUCGGCUACAUGCUACCCGCCACCCUGGGCGCGGCGCUGGCGCAACGCGAGUUGAACCCGAACACGCCCACGCGGGCCGUCCUCUUCAUCGGCGACGGCAGUCUGCAGAUGACCGUCCAGGAACUGAGCACGAUCAUCCGCGAGAAGCUGGACGUGGUGAUCUUCCUGCUCAACAACGAGGGGUACACGAUCGAGCGGGCGAUCCACGGCCGGAAGCAGGCGUACAACGACGUGGCCCGGUGGCGGCACCACCUGGCGGCGGACUUCUUCGGGGCGGAGGACGGCCACGGCGCCCGGAACAGCUUCACCGCCAACAACUGGGAAGAGCUGGACGCGGUGCUGCAGCAGGAUGCCAUCCAGAAUGGGACAGGCUUGCGGUGGGUGGAGGUCUUCAUGGAGAAGGAGGACGUGGAGGGGCUGUUGAGGGUGAUUCUGGAGAAGCAGAUUGCCGCGGAGAAGGCCUGAUCUAGCAACAUACUACUGAUACUGUUGUUGUUUACCUCAAGAUCUCUCAGUUUCUUUAGAAGAAGGAAUGUGGAGAAGAUAAGCUAAUAAUACACGCUGGCACAGGCAGGAAUGAAAGUCUACCGAUUUAUGUCCACAAGAAUGUAA